ACAUCAAGAUGGACCUGUUGGCAGAACAGGAGCCUGAACCGGCCGUGGAUGAUGAUCCGGUGGAUGUACCGAAUCAAAAUCCCGAAACGUACUGCCGGUUUUGCUUCUCGGAGAACGAAAUUGAACCACUCUUUUCGUCGACUGGUGCGCAAGCAAAUGCCGAACUAUUGCAACGAAUAUACGAUUGUUUAGGCAUAAAACUAACCAAGAAGGAAUACUGCCCCAGCAGUAUAUGCUGGUCGUGUACGCUCACGAUGGAGGAGUUCCAGUGUUUCCGCAAACGGUGCUUGAAAUUUGAUGCUCUCGUGCGCAGUCUACGUCCGGUGGUGAAAUCUGAACCUGGCUGCCACAGUGGAACCACUACACCGACCGGAUUUAUGGAGAAAGAGCAAACGGCAAACACAAAGCAGGCUGCCACCAUCGGAAAGAUUGUCCGGCAAGAAAAGAGCACCACAGCCUAUGCCGGUCCUUCGGCUGAGUUGAAAUUUAAAUGCCAAUACUGUCCCCGAAACUUCAAGCAUAAAAUGUACUUAGAUCAGCAUCUUUGGAAGCACCGGGAUAUGAUUGCGCUGGAAAAAGCUGGCACGGGGCCGAAAAAAUCACACAUAAACGGAAAUGGCAACUCGACGGCGAAGAGUGUGCCAGCAGUAACUCUACCGGUAACGGCACCUGCUGCUACACCUCCCCCGGCUGGAAGCACCGCCACGGAUCGACCAAUUAGUUGUGAGCAUUGUCCAAGGAAAUUUACUCGCAAGAUGUAUUACAUGCAACAUCUUCGUAGACACAAACCAGACGAACGUUUGUUUCGAUGUAGACAUUGUCCGCGCAGCUUUACUUCGCACCUGCGGCGGGUCGGACACGAGCGCAAGAUACACGCAACCAAUCCGAAACCGGAGGAAAAGGACACCUUCUCCUGUCCAAAGUGUGGCAGGGUGUUCAAGCACAGGUCCUCGCUACGAAUGCAUAUGCUGAACCAUGAAGGCCAACUGCCGUACGGUUGCGAUAUAUGCAACUGUCGCUUCUACAGCGUCAGCUACCUUGCGCUGCACAGAAAGCGCUACCACGGACCGAACGCUGCCAGUGGCGCGGCGAACGGCACCUCCAUUCCCUGUCUGUACUGUUCCCGUUGGUUUUUGCGCGAGUGUGACCGGUCCAGCCAUAUCAAGCAGAUGCACGCGGAUAUGCACGCUAGCAAGGAGUCUGCCGCUGGGUUUAAUCAACUGCUUGAAGAUUGCCCACCAGCGGACAGCGAAGGAUUGACCGAUCCGGGCAUACUGCCACCAAACGUGCGAGAACCGAUGAUGGUUAUCAAGGAGGAGGAACCGGAUACGAAUGACUCUGCCCCGGCAACUGUCGCCGCCACUGCCGCCGAAUUGAAUGCAACGACAACCGGUCCUGGUACAUUCCAGUUCUACUGUUACUCCUGCGCCAUGCCCUUCGACACGGAGGAUAUGUACUCGGAACAUUUGGACGAUCAGCAUCCGUUUGGAGGUGAACAGCUUAUGGAUCAGCUGGAUGCAUCGUCCGCGAUGGAAGAGAAUGCGAAACUAUUCAAGUGUCCCUUCUGUCCGAAAACGUUCACGCGCAAAUGGAGCAUGACCCAGCACAUUCCAUCGCACAUGGCUAGGAAAGGGUAUCAGUGUGAAUACUGUCCAGCAAUCUUCACGCGCAACGAAUACCUGCGCACGCAUCGGCAGCGCAAGCAUCCGACACUGCCGGAGACGGGUUCGUACAAAUGUAGCUACUGUCCACGGAUGUUCCACAAAGCCCGCUACAAGAAGGUGCACGAACGAAUCGCACACAUAAAGAAAGGCGAUACGCUGCCGGAGGGGGACGAUACGGAAGGAUGGACGAAGGUGGACGACAAGAUGGACGAAAGUAGCAGUAGCAUGGCGGGGCACGAGCUACACUCCCGAGCGUCGGACAGUUUCGAUCAAACGUCCAACGACGCCCAGAGCGUACUUUCCAUGCAGAACUACGCGGACCUGGAGGUGUCCACACGGCUCGUCGUUGUGCUGGAACGAUUGCCGGAAAAGAUAAUGGACGAAUACCGAUGGCAACUGGAAAUGUACGCGAAUAUGACGCCGGAAGAUAACAGGCUCGAGUUGAUGGAAAUGGCGGACGAGCUGCCGACGGAUGUAAUGUUCGAUGAGGACGAUUUUAUUGAUUACGACGACGAUGAAGAAGAUGAGAAUGAGGAUGAUGCGAAUGAGUUGGCAAGCGGUGAGGAUAAUCCACUAAAUCAGGAACAAUCGAACGAUUCCGGUGGGCAGUUGAAACGAAAGCGAAGCAAGUUCGGCAUCACGCUUCACCCCUGUCCGCACUGUACGAAAAUGUUUAAAUCACGCACCGCGCUACGAAUGCAUGCACUGUAUCAUAGUGGCGAUUUGCCCCACCGCUGUGACGAGUGUGGCGUUCAGUUUAUGCGAUAUAAUCAGCUCGAGUAUCACAAAACCAAAUAUCAUAGUGCCAACAGUGCGACAAUGGCUGCCCGGUAUAGCUGCGACUACUGUCCGCGCAUUUUCCUACGCAAACAGGAUCGUACCACGCACCAAAUGAUGGUGCACGCACGUGAUCAGGCGAAUGCGAUCGACGCAUCGCCCGCAAUGUUGAAGAAAUCCAAACGAAAGGAUUACGUUUGCCGGGUGUGUGAUGCAGACUUUGAAAAGUAUAGACGGUGUCUGCGCCACAUAACAUUACAUCAUGCCGGACCGGAUGGAGUACCGGAAUGUAAACCGAUCAAACUAUGCCAUUGCAGCAUCUGUUCGGGCAUCUAUAAGAAGCGCGAAGAUUGGCACGAACAUCUGAACGAUCAUCCGAGCGUGCGACCGCAUCACUGCGAACAGUGUAUUCGGAGGCGAAGGAAAGCAUCGAGCCGGAAGCAAGUGCACCGCUGCACGCACUGUCCGAAGGCUUUCGAGCACAAACCGAACCUGGCGUCACAUUUGCGCAUACACAUGCAGCAGCUACGGUUUCCCUGUAGCGAGUGUGGCGUCAUGUACGAUCGGUAUCGCGAUCUGUUGACGCACCAGAGUCGAUAUCAUUCUGAAAAUCCUUCCGAAGCGUUUGCACGUGAACCGCUGCAAAAGUGCAACUUUUGUCCACGCGUGUUUACGCGCCAGCGCGACGUCAAGUACCAUCAGGAGCAGGUGCAUGCGGAUCGCAUUGUACCACCCGGAAACGUUGAGGAUGAUAGCGUAGAACCGGAAGCACCAGACGAUGCGGGGAUGGUAACGUUCGGCUUUGGACCGGAGAUGUUUCCUGAGACGAAUCUGCAGGAGCCGGAGCCAGAUCCAGUGCGAAACGAAGCUGUUAGCGAACUGCCGAUAAAACCUGACCCAGAUCAAGACCUCACAUUACAGCAGUAA